ACCCUAAGUCCCUAUCUCCCCGCAACAAAGAUGGAGAAGAGAAGCCAAAGGUCCAGCUCUGGCGAGAUAUUCUCCUUCCCCAGCACCCCAAUUCAAGAAUCAUCAGAUUUUGAAUUUGACUGCUUCACUCCAGACUCACCCUCUCUAGAUCCCUACAAAGACUCUCCAGCCGAUCAUCUGUUCUUCAACGGCCGCCUCCUUCCUCAUGCUUUUCCACUGCCACCGGCAAAAUGGAGCUCUUCUUGUGGCACAAGCCGGACAAGCAGCGUCAGCAGCAAGGACUCAUUGUCGUUGAUGUCAUCAAGGAGCAAUAGUACUAACAGCCGAAGCAGCAGCUGCAGUAGCAGUGCGAGAACGAGCUGGAGUGAUGGGUCAGACAGGAGGCUGUUGUAUCAUUACGGAAGCAGGAAUCGAGCACACAAGGCCAUGGGGGCGAGCAAGAUGGUUACGGUUCAGCUGUAUGGGGAUUCUCAGAGAUGGCAGUACAUAACGCCUGUAGUGUCGCCAGGGUUAAAAUGUGAAGGGUCAAGGAGGAAAAAUAAUAAUAAUGGGGUGGCCAAAAAACAGGGCAGUGACAGGGAGAAGGGCGGAGGGCGGCAAGCAGGGCCUUGGCGGAAAAUUUUGAGGUCGUUUUUGUUGGUUUGUAGAGAGUGUCAUGCUAUGGAACCUUCACCUCCACGGGAAGAAGAUGUGCUGCAAAGAAGUUUGAGUUUACGAUGAUAAUUAUAGUAUUGUCCUUUGAAUCUGUGUCAUUUUUUUUUUUUUUAAAAAAAAAAAAAAAAAAAAAAGAAGAACAUUACAACUUCUUGGAGUCUUUUGUGAUGAUUUAAGAGAUGAGUUAAUUUUUGUUGGGGAUUUUGGGUACAUUAUUUCUUGCCAAAUGUUGGAAAUGUGAAAGUGCUAGGAAUUGGAGCCUUCGGAAAUACUAUUGAUCUAUUUUGUGAAAAUCAUGGCAGGACCAUUCAUAAAUGUUGUAAGAAUUG